UGCGAGCCGUCCGCGAAGAUGCAUCUCAUUGCGCAAGAUCAGACAAGUUAUAAUCCGGGAAAUAAAAAUUACAAACAAGAUAUCGUUUUCGUAACUAAACAUAUCAAAUGGAUUCUGAGUCUUAUUGGCAUUUGGCCAUCCGUUUCUAAAGGUGUCGCGAAAUUUUUACCGAAAAUUGCUAUCGGAAUUGGUAACUUCGCGCUUCUUUUUGCUAUAAUACCGUGUUUCCUACACACCGUGUUUGAAGUGGAAGAUACUGUAAUGAAAUUAAAGCUCCUGGGUUUAGUCGGUUUCUGUACGUCCUCGUUGCUCAAGUACUGGGCCCUUGUCGCACGGAAACCAACGAUCGAGGAUUGCAUUGAACUGGUGCAAAUUGAUUGGAUGCAGGUAGAAUUUCCUAAGGACCGGGAGUUGAUGUUAAAAUACGGUCAAGUGGGUCGGAAUCUGACGAUCCUCUGUGUCACGUUCAUGUAUACCGGCGGAACAAUUUUCCACACGGUCUUGCAAUAUACGAUCGGCACGUUCAUCGACCAGCAUAAUCGUACUAUCAAGCCGUUGGUCUAUCCGACUUACUCUGUUCUGUACGACGUGCAAACAAGUCCCAUUUACGAAAUAGUCUAUAUCAUUCACUUUAUGUGCGGCCACGUAACGAGUACUGUAGCAGCAGGUUCAUGCGGAUUAGCUGCGCUUUUCGUGACGCACGCCUGCGGACAAAUUGAUGUCGUUGUGUCCCAUUUGACCGAUCUCGUACAUAGUGAACAGAAUGAAAAAACAUCGAUUCUUAAUAGACGUUUCGUGCAAAUCAUUGACCACCACUUACGAAUUUUGAGGUUUUCAGCAGCGGUAGACUUCAUAUUGCGAGAAAUAUGUUUAGUGGAACUUGUUAAUUCCACUUGCUGUAUAUGUUUACUUGAAUAUUAUUGUAUCGCAGAUUGGGAACAAAGUAAUACGACUAGUCUUAUAACUUACAUGAUGCUGUUAAUAUCGCUCACAUUCAAUGUAUUAAUACUAUGCUAUAUUGGGGACCUCUUGAUAGAAAAGACCAGCAGCGUGGGUCAGUCUUGCUUUAUGAUCGACUGGUACAACUUACCUAGUAAAACGAUACAAGGACUCGUUUUAAUCAUAGCUAUGUCGGGUAGUCCAGUUAAAAUUAGCGCCGGUAGCAUUGUCGAUUUAUCGUUAUCUACUUUUGCCAACAUUCUUAAAACAUCGGUAGCCUACUUAAAUUUCCUACGGACUACCGUUACAUGAUUAAUCUUAACUGUUUCACUAUGUUUAUGGUACAUG